AUGAGCCCAUCUGAUCAGGCUCCCGAGAGCAUUGCAACGAUUCACCAGACAACAAUUGCACCAAGCUGGACAAUAAAUGUUUCAGAUUUUUACAUUCUUGCCAGAAAUGUUAGUGGUACUGUUUUCAGGGAGUCAGAAGAGACUCAGGUUGCUUAUGUUACUUUCAAGGAGUUACAAGGAGCUGACACAGCAAUGCUCUGUCGGUGAGGAGCCACCAUAGCUGAUCAUUCUGUGAUUAUUGAACCUGUUGACAAUUAUCAGUUGCCCCCUGAAGCUUUUCCCUUGGACACGGAGAAAAGCCCAAAAAGUACAAAUGAAACAGCGGUUAAGAAAGCUGAAGAUGUUGUUAGUACCAUGCUUGCAAAGGGUUAUGUACUGGGGAAAGAUGCCAUCAAUAAGGCAAAAGCCUUUGACGAGCAGCAUCACUUGACAUCAAAUGCAUCUGCUACGGUUGCUUCCCUUGACAGAAAGAUGGGUCUGAGCCUAAAGCUAAGCAUUGGAACUGCUGUUGUCAACGAAAAAAUGAGAGAAAUGGAUGAGAAAUUCCAAGUAUCAGAAAAAACAAAAUCUGUGUUUGCAGCUGCUGAGCAGAAAGCAAGCAGUGCAGGUUCUGCUCUCAUGAGUAAUCCCUAUGUGUCAACUGGAGCUUCAUGGGUUUCUAAUGCACUCAGUGCAGUAGCAAGGGCAGCUGAGGAUGUGAGCACCAUGACCAAAGAGAAAGUUGAGAAGGCUGAGGAAGAGAAAAAGGAAACUCUCAUCAAGGACAGCGUAGAGAUCAUCAAUGGCUUGGCAGAUAACCACCAAGAUGAUCAGUCUCCGACCACAGCACCUCCUUUGGUCCCAAUUGAUUCAUCUGACCGUAAGCUUGGAAAUAUAUGACUGCCGAUUGGGAAUAGCGUAGUUGAGCAUAAAUGAUCUGAGACCAUCAGUUAGAAGCUGCCACUGGUUUUUGCCACCUAUGGCCUUGUUGACUCCUGAAAUCCAUAUCCAUUGCACAAAAUACACAUCAUUAAAUCGUGUUAUAAAUGCCAUAAUUUGAUAGGGGCUCCACUGACAUUGUUUUUUGUACUCUCAGUUCUCUUAAAUUUAUUCAUUCUUAUUUAUCACCAGAUUUGAACUUUGAUUCUAUAUAUAAACUAUAAAAUAUGCGCGUACUAAGGAACUAAAUAAAUGCGAAGUUCACGGCAUUUGCGAGCUUGUAUAACAUUUAAGAAUUCUAACUUGCUUGUUAAAACUUUGGGAUUCUUUUACCAGCAUAAUUUACCAGCCUAAGACUAAUCAAUGGAGGGGCAACGCUGGAAUUGUGAAUCUCUAAUGAUAGAAAUUUAUUCAUGAAUGCAUUGAUAUGGUACUGGUAAUGACAAUUGAUGAAGUGUUGCUCCAUAAUAUCAUCAAGGUAUCUGGCAGCAGGAACCGGCUAGCUUAUCUCCUCAUAUUGUUAAGUGUUUCCCUUCAUGACUUUGGCUCUUCCAAUUCUGUUGUCUGUGCCAUUUAUUCUUAAAGGCGAAUGUGAAAAACUUUGUUGAAAAGUUACCUUCCCAAGAUUUUGUUUUAGAACUUGUAACCAAGACUUCACUGUUGGAUGCUAAAAGUUACUG